AUGACAUCGGAAUUGCAGACCGCUCUUGUAAGCGAGUUCUGCUCGCGAGCACCUUGUGAACGCAUUGAUAUUAAGAGUGGAUCGCUGGAAACCGAGGCCAUUCAGAAAUUUUUAUCAAUAUGUUUGAAACAGUACUUCAGUUGCUCCCAGGAUGAAACGAACGAAGCGAGUUUUUCCAAUGUCAGUCCUGAAAUUCUCGAGGUAUGUUGAAAUUCACUUCUUCACCUUAUUCUUUAACGUAAACAAAUGUAUGCUCAAGUAUGCUUGAAAUUGUAGGAAACGUCAAACAAAAAUAGGAAGUCACCAAUUAGCUUCAGAAAAACAUCAAACUACCAAAAGCGAAUUUACUUGGGGAGUCUUAUCGCCCAAACGUCGUGCCUUUGUAUUAAAUUUGUCCCAGCAGGGAAAAUCAUUACGUGACAAAGCUUAGUCAAGCACUUUAGACAAAUCUAAUGUUACAUGAAGUCAACUCGUGUUCCAUAAUAUGACAUGUUUAGUCAAGAAACGAGACUAAGCUUUAGCGCACUGGUUGAUGAAAAAAGAAAUACAGUAUCCCAAACCAUAACUCGUUAUAUUUUUUCAAGAGAGUUAUAACACCGCAAAGAAAAACAGAUAGCAAGGCUUCUUAGUUUUGUUUUUUGAAUGGUAAUAAACCUAAUGCCCUUAAAAAUUUCCUCCCACUACAUAGACAUUUGUUACUCAAGCAAGAGAAUAAACAAAAUACAAUUAGCGCUUCUUUGAAGAAAACGCCCUCUUUCAUUUUAAUUUGGCGGGAUACCAGCUACCUUCUUUAGUCCGUUCAGGGUGGCACUGACCUUUGGCAAUAAUCAAGUGUUCUUUCUCAUAUCAGCUAAACGUAGUAUAGAUCCUGUGCAAGAAGAAGAACUCGUAGAGAGAAGGUGUUUAUCGGCUAUUAAAAUUCAAAUAGAAGACCACUGUUUCGCGUUAAUGAAAGCGGAUGCUAAAUCCUGAUCUUUUAGUAAUCUCAUAAUUGCGCAAAUAAAAAAUGUUUCGAGAAAAUAGCAAUUUUCCACCAGCUUAGACAAUGGCAUCUUACGAUGAUAUCGAACUUAUCAUGUCAUAUCAUAAUACAUGUCGAGCUUUAUAGAUUCUGGCGUUUCUUCUGCGUCUGUUUAGAAAUCUUCAACUCAAUGUUUGUUGUUGCUUGAGAGAUUAUUCUGACGAUGGGUUGACUUUAUCCUUAGUUGCAUUGUGCUGCAGUUUAUGUUGAGAGCUCUCUGAGCGUGCACAGUCGUUUGUUUUCAUGCACAAAUUCAAAUUGUGACUUCUGCCCAGGCGGUUUGCGUACUGGGAUCGCUAAGCAUCAUGGGCGUUGCUCAAAAUCUGAUCAUUUGUGUCAAGUUGGCGUGGAGAGGACAUCUCGCAGGAAGCUGUCGUUACAAUGCGACGUUUCAAUAGGCCAUUUGCACGCGAUGAUUGCACGCGAUGACGUCUAGGGCUUUUGUUGUUCAUUAACCUCGCAAGGAGUGCCAAACUUAGGUACUAAAGGAAAGAACUAAUGAGAUUGUGGUGAUAAUAAUGAAAUGACUCCAUCGGGCACGUUUAAAAUGAUCAGAGGACUAUUGAAAGAUGCGCACGGUCAAGUCCAGAAAAGCGAACUAAACGGAUAACAAUGACUUCCGAGGCGCUCAUAGCUAUAGCCAUUGCGCUUUUUAACCAUGCUUUAUCUAAGGCGCAAUUCCAAGUAAUAAUAUUGACGUCAGAUUCCAAAAUGUAUGCUCGAUUUUUUUCUUCCACGUUUCACAUGUUUUUCCUUCUCAUUUUUUUUCUCUCCAUUGCUAGCCUCGUUCCCAUGCUGGGUCUUCACUUCCUUCCUCCCAACCCUUAGGUUGUUUGAACGUUCGCAAAGUAAGAAGCAAUAAGAAAAGAAAAAACUGACAGCAUGUCUCGUAACAUCGAUCUACAAACAAACAAACUAAAAGAUGUGAUUUGGUUCUGUUGAACAAGAGCAUCUCAUAGAAAAAAUAACUUUUAAUCAGAUAUGCUUAACGUUAUUAAAGGAAAACAGUUUCUAUAUCCAGCUUUAUGAGAUAAACCGUUGUCUUAUACCUCAAAUAGGAUUAAGACAAAUCCUGGUCAGGACUGGCGACAAAAACUACCGAACGUAAUGAGAUUUUGUCGUUUCUCGGAGGUGCCAACAGAAAUACUUCAGUUAUGCGCUUUUUCUAUCUUAUACUGCCAACCCAGCGAGAUAUAUAAUCUUUAGAAGUAUUUUAAGAGGUUAUCAUUACAGACGCUAUCAAGCUCUUUCGCUAUGGGAAAGGGUAUGGCAAAUUUAUCAGUUAAUAGGAAUCAUGUACGCCCGAAAAUAUAAGUUGCUGAGGGUAAUUAUUAAUGUAUCAUUACUGAAUUUUAAAACAAAUGUAUAGAAGAUCCCCGCAAUUAAAGACUCAACUUAUGCAGUCUUAUGCGUCUUAAACUAAGAUAGUGUUAAGAUGAUCUUCUUUACAUUUAUUUCUGUACGUAUCCCGUAGUUCUCAUCAGAUAUGAAAUUCAUUUAUUUCUUAUUUCAUUUCUGAAUUAUGUUAGGAUCAGACUUCAACUUCUGAAGACACCGGCGUCGAAUUGGAUCAAUUCAGUAAUGCUGAUAUCAGUUGCAGGUUCUGUAAGGAUGAUAUGGCACCAGUAUCGCUGGCUUUGAAGGUGAAUUUGUUAUUAUUCACUGUAGUGUUGACUCCCGAUAACUCGAACCGUCGCUAACUCGAACCUCGCGCUAACUCAAACGAAAGUCGAUUUCCCCUGGAUUUCCUUCAUACAUUUACUGUAACUUUACCCUCGCCGGUAACUCGAAGUAAUUUUUGUUUCCCUUCAGAUUAUACAAUUUUACCCUCGGUAACUCGAUUCAUGUUUUAAGCACUUGACAAGUCGGGAAAAAAAACGGUGUACCACUGUACAGAAGUCCGAAGCACUGAAUUUAUCUCAAAACAACCGUGUCGAUUCUUUGUCGUUAAUUUUUUUUGUCCACCUCCAGUUCAAAUUCAGUGUCCAUCCCGGCCGUCAAGUGUGCAUGAUACUUGCACUUCCUCCUCAUCUUUUUGCUUAUUUGCUUAAUACUUCCGGUUAUUUGCUUCGAACUCCCGAUAACUCGAACUUCGUUCGAUUUCCCUAAAACGUUCGAGUUAUCGGGAGUCGACUGUAGUUCAGUUGUUUAGUAUGCAAUAGCGGAUCAGAGGAAGCUUUAGUAGGAUAUCUUUUCCUAGCCUGGGGCCCGUUCCUGGAAAGUCCCGGAAACUUUUCAGGCCCGAGCGCAAAUUCUAAAAUCAAAACCUGUAGAAUAGUAGUAUAGUUCCUGGCUCAUAAACCAGUCAAUUUUCCUUCGUUAGCUGAUAGAUUCGUUGGAUCAUUAUCAAAAUUACUGAAAUUUUAACCUUGAAUGCAAUCACGACAAACACAAAUCAGCUUUUCGGGCCCUAAAAGCUAUCUGGACUUUCGAGAAACGGGCCCCUGAAAUCUUUACUUCUUUCUGAAAAGCCUGUGGUAGACUUGCAGGUAGUGGAGUGUGGCGCGAAAUCAGAAGGCCGGAAAAAAAUAAGGAGGAAAAGAGCCGGGGAGAGAGAUCACAGAAGGGAACUGCGUUCCUUCGCUCUUACCCCCUAUCCCACCCCUGCGCUGUUUUUUUAUGCUCAAAUCUCUUUGCGACCUCAAAAUAAUCUGAACUCCUGAAACAGGCUACUUACUGAACAAGUGGAGGGUUAAAAAGAUAAUUUUUAACACCAACUCCAUCAAGUUUGCCAGGCGCUAGAAAAACUCAACGGUUAAGAGUGAGCUAAAUAGCUACUAACGGGAAAAAGUCAACUGAUUGCAAUGCAUUGCGUAAUGAUGAAAUUGAUAUUGAAUCGAAAUUUACAUGGCGAACUCAUCUCUCAAGAUGAAGAGGUAUUCUUUUGCCUUUUUUAUUUCACAUUUGACCGAUUUACUUUAAUCUGACUCCAGUGAGAUACACUACAGAACACUCUUUUGAGCUUUCGUAUAAGACUGGGAAAAAUAACCUCACUCUGGCACUCUUAGGCACUCUGGAAGUAACAAAAUGUUGUCGUUGUUGUUGUUGUUGUUGUUGUUGUUGUUAUCAUUUUAAUUUGUUUUUGAAAAAAAAGUGAACUGUUUUCCAAAAGAGUCUAGAAAAGUGAGUGUCUGAACUUCUUUCCAAUAUGUAAGAAUUAAUGAGGUCAUUAUUUGAACAUCAGUGUCUCGAACUCAGAAAAGGCAGUGGUGGUGUAGAACAGGAGGCGAGUUUCCGUCUAUGAGUUUAUGAGUUUCCGUUUAACAAGCCCCAGUAACAAAAAGGACGUUCGAAAUAGUGAUUAUAUUAAGCCUGUGUCGAUGACAAUAAUACACAAAAUGACAGCCUUCUUGACAGGCACUUUGACAUGCGCGCGAAACUGACGAAUGCUGAUCGGAAAUCAACGAAACGCGAGACAUCAAAGGCAGGAUCAGAAGGAAUCGGUUCUCACCAACUUUCUCCAUCCCGCCGUUCUUUGCGGUCAAAUUGAGCACUUAGAUAGAAAGUCUUCUGGCCAAAAAAAAGUAGACAAAAUGAAAAAGGGAAACUUGAAACUAACAUUUAUUGUUGUGGCGGCCAUUUUGAAUUUUGAAAUACGAAUAUAAGGACUAAAACUACAUAAUCUGUGACGGUCUGAAUGAAAGUUUGAAAAUUCUCGGAAAAUCCAGAUGACCGCAGAUUUACCAUGAUAACGGGCUCAGCUGUCCAAAUAUGAUACUCAAGCUGUCUUAAAUAUUUAAAGUACUCGAAGGGACUACCCAGAACAAAAACACUUACAAUAUAAUUUCAAUCUUUGUUAAGUCAAUAUUUGGUCACGGCAGACUUACUGUCGUCUGUACUGAUCAACAAUACACACGACAGAUGUGACAUUUUUUUAAAAUGGAAGAGAAAAAGUAAAAUAAUUGUUUGCCGCGCCAAAUUUCAGACCUCACUAUAUCUCCAAACGUUUAUUUCCAAGAACAUUUCCUGCGUUCCUCUAAUUCAAAUUUUCUUUAGUGAGAAUAACAAUUUUAAUUGCCUACUAUAAUUUUGUGGACGGUAGGUAUUGUUCUUUUGCAACCUACCGACAAAUAAAUCUCAUAAAUAGAACUCCAAUACAAAGGACUAGUUUAUAAUGCAUUCUUUUACAGUAAUGUAUUCAAAGUUGUCAGUUCAGCAAAUGUCUUCACGCUAGCAAGCGUAGAUAUUUAGAAACAUAAUAACACAUUUCAGAAAUUCGUCAACGAAAUAGAGCUAAAUUUUACCUGCUUGCGACCGCAAGUGAGGAAAUACUAAAGAUAAAGAUUUAAAGAUUACUAAAGGGUUUAACGAGGUAAGUUUCGCCCUUAAAGCUAAACUUGAUACUUUGCCUGAAUGAAGUUCGACGCGCCGGAGAUCGAUCUCGAGAAGAUUGCAUUGAUUUUGUCUCGGAAGGAAAUUCUUAACAAUUUUUUCCACCUCAAUUAUUUAAAAGAGGUAACUGAUAAUGUUGAAAAAUAAUGUAAAAGGUUAUGUUUUUCAGCCGCCUUUCCAAGUGAGUACCGUAGCUACCAGCCAGUGAUUUAAUAACAUGUGGAUUUGAUGUCGUGAAAAAAUAUACUUAAUUAUGUUUCCAUUUUAUUUGGAAUUACAAAUUAGGUCAGAGCGUAGUCUAGCUUAUGUUUUGUGCAUUUCCUCCUGUCAAAUGGCUUUAAUAAUUAUAAUGGAAACAUAGGCUCGUUUGUGUCACGAAGUAUAUAAAUAUAUUCAUUACGUUCUCAACAUGUGCUUUACCUGUGGUUCGUACAUGCCGUGUAGUCCGGUAAACAAACAAGGUAGGUAGAUGGAUACGCACUCACGAACGUUCAGUCAAUAAGGACCAUGCACAUGCUAAGAAGUGAGCAAUUGGCCACAUUCAUCAUAAUUUCUAUUGGGUUUUUACGGGCCUUGAACUUUCCGAACUUUAAUUCCAUCGCAAAGCAUUGAAGCUUGUAAGCGAAUAUCAGCAACCUUCGAGCUUUUAUUGCGUGAAAUAAAAGGUCAGUGAACUAUGUAAGGAGUUUUUUGCGAGUUAACGCAAGAGUUAAUUUGUUAGAAUUUGCCGAGUAGCGUGGUGAAAGCCUUCAUUGUUAGAACUUUCUCAUAUUUCAUUUCUCCUUUCACAUUCUUUCGAAAUACAUCGGAAAUCCAAUAUCGGCUCUUAACCCCGGCACCAAAAGUGAAAUAAUAACAAUUUUUGUCACGAUCAGACUACCUGCGGGGUUUAGACUUAGUGUUGUGGAAAGCACCGCGCAUUUUUCGCUUCAAUAUAAUUCCUUGCUUUCUUCCAAACAGAACCACCUUGACGCAUGCCCACUCUUCCCAGUCCAAUGUCCUAAUAUGUGCGGCAAGAUGUCGGUCCCCAGAGAGAAGGUACGCUAUCAAACUUAUGCUGUAAUUUGUGAUUAGAAAGAUAGCGAUUUAAGCAAAACAAAAUUCCAUCAUCAAGUUGAACUUUUAAGCGAUAUUACUCCAACAUAGACUCUAUUCACUAAGUUAUCAGAAGAUUUUUAUCAUAAAUAAAAGAUGUGGUUGUUCGUUUGGUAACAAUUUUGAAGGAUUGAUCUAAGUGAAGGGCCAGGCUGAUGUUACACGUCAUGACACUCAAAGAAUUCGUUUAAUUUCGUCGUAAGUAGACCAUGCAUAAAGUUUAUUCGUGUAAAGCAAAAAGUUUAUGUGAAGCCUGUCAGAAGCUAUCGAUGUUUUUUCAAAGAAAUAUUUGUGAAAUGCUCGCUCGGUGGCCAGUGGCAUAUGGUUUUAUUGGGACGUUAUCUGUUGCUAAACAUCUUAUACCUUAUGUGUAUUACCCUUCUUAUGAUGACAAACACGUGCACAUCUGCUCUUAAAAGCUAUAAGGGUAAUUAAGUAAUUCUUUCUGUAUCAUGUCGACAUUUUUUGGCCAAAGUCAUUACAAAAAUCUGAGGAGAGCUUCGACGCUGAAUUCAAAAUUCGACCUGACUGUACUUGAGGCUAUGGCAUCUGAAAGGAUAUAAUUACAGAAUGGUGUUCUGCUGUUUAUUUGGCUGUAAUCGAGGAUUUUAAACCUAAAAGAACUUAAAUUGAAUUUUUUCUUCUUCUGAUGCUGAAGGGUUACUCAUUAGCUUUGAAGGGGCAGCCAAUCGCAAGAUCUCAAUGCUAAAGAUAGCAUUGAGGCGCAAUAAAAUACACCCGACUUGUUCUCUCCCGCACGUUUAUUCUGCUUUUACGCCGUUUGCAUUUUUUUUAUAAGCAAGUAGGAAAAAACAAAUUAGAUGGAACUUAUUGGCGCCAAAUUUCAUUAUAAGAAAGGUGAACUGUUCCGAUGGUACAGUGACUUGUUUCCGUCUUUUAAAGCAAUAACAAAGCUCUGUAUUAACGAAAGAAAGGUUAUUCGACCUAUUCUCGACAUUCUAAAGGAGUGACUUUUUUCCGGCUUUUAACUGAAAAAUAACAAAAACAUGUUGUGAUGGUACUCAGCCAAUUAAAUCGACCCUUUUGAACUCAGAUAUGUUUACUUUGGUGUAAGAACAAACGGCUGGGAAAAAAUUUCGCGAAGGUCAAGCGGCUCGAUAAAAGGCUGCCAAUUUGGCCAGUAAACAUUUCUCCUUUCAGUUAAAACGCGAAGUCCCUUUGUCUGAAAAUGAAAAAGGUCACUCAAUCUUCAAAGAAAGACAAGAUUGACUCUUGAUUAAAAGUCUUCAAUGGAAGGGUCUGAACUGUGCGGGGUGUCCAGCUGAAUUGAUUUUUCAGUGCCCUCAAGCAUUUUCCUGUCUGUAAAGAACAUUAACAGCAAACAGCCGUAAAUUGCAUUGUGCUUUGGUCUUUUUUAAGGUCUUCCUCGGAUGGAGGCCUAGGGGGAGUUAGUUGGGUCGAAAAAAACGACUCGACGAAAGUUUUCAAGCACCGCACCGGUUCUCUUUACCCGUUACACAACUGACUGAUCCUGGGUCUCUAAGGAUGUUGUAAGCCGUAUUUGUCUCUAAAAUAUACAAUCAAUUAAUGUAAUGAAAAAACACAUAGUAUUAAAGGGGAGAAGUUAUUUUAAACGUCUACUGCUUUUUUUUCUUUCAUAUUUAAUAAUGGACCUUUGCGGUUACUUGUUAUCAGGAGGCUGCUGAAGAUAUUCUUUGGAGACAAAAUACGUAUGUUGUAACUAAUUUUUUUUAAUUUUCUAUUUUUUGGUUUUUAGCUAACGGAUCAUAUUAUAGUUGAAUGUCCCAACACAUGUAAUCAUUGCGCCUAUCAAGAUAUCGGCUGUUCCUUUCAGGUAACUUGACAAGUAAUGCUCGUCUAUUGAUACAUAAUUUCUCGCAAAGCGAGGUUAAUAAAUUUGUCGGAAUUAGCGUCGCGCGUUGAUCGCUCAGGCGUGCGCAGUUGAAUCGCAGAUAGCUUACACGGCUGUAUAUGAAUCUACUAGGUUGGCGCCCGUAGUUUCUUAACAACAAAUCAACAAAUGCUUUUGGCGAUGAAUUUCGACAGUAAAUGGUCUUAAGCAAAGGAAGAGCCACUCACCACUCAGUUAUUAAUUCUUCUUCUUCUUCUUCUUCUUCUUCUUCUUCUUAUCUUCAAACUAAGAGGGAAAAUCGAGGUAAAAGACCAUUUGCAGACGGGUUUGCUUCUGUCGGCUAUGUGUGUCGGAGCAGCGUUUCAGUUUCAGCCUAGCUUUUUGCAGUCAAAACCUUGCUUAUUCCCCUGGAAUCUAUCUUUGAAUACAUGUUAAACCGAGACAAAAAAAAAAACAGUGCUUGAUGCUUUUCUCCUCUGAUGGAUUAAAGUCUGGUUUCAGCUGCAUGCCUCGAACGUUGUACAGUCAACUCUCUUUAAGACGGACACCUUUGGGACCGGCACUAGCUGUCCGUCUUAGAGAGAUGUCCGUCUUAUAGAGAGUCAAAUAGAGGGAGGAAAGAAAGGCAGGGACCAACUCCAGGUGUCCGUUUUACAGAAGUGUCCGUCUUAUAGAGGUGUCCGUUAAGAGAGAGUGGACUGUAUUUGUUGCGUUUUUAAGGUGACCCGAAGCUAUGUUAAGCGUCUUUCUUUCCUUCUUUCUUUUAAAUGGGAGCUGACGCUUUCAUAAAAUCGUCCCUUCCAGGCUAAUAACACACUCCAUACCGCCAAUGACCUUUCAAAGCUUCGCACGAGUGUUUUAAACCAACAGAGCAGUAGUGAUUUUUAUCAUCCGCCUUAGAUUUUUUCUUUAAACUUUCUUUGUUUUGCAGGGUACUAAAACUGACCUGACAAAGCACCUUCAGGAAAGCACCGAGAAUCACUUACAGAUGGCUUUAGAAGUGAUAAAGGAACAGCGAACCGAGUUAGGAAUAAUGCGCGGCCGCCUUCGGAAACAGGACGAAAACAUAGCUCAGUUGACGGAAAGUGUCAGCAAAUUGGGAGCAGUUUGUGAGGAAGCCAUCAAGCAUAACCAGGAACAAGAGAAAACUAUAAAUCGCUUGUGUGAGCAAAUGAAAGAGCAAAAGAAACAUCAGUCUAAAUACGAAAAAGAUUUUAAGAGCAGAAUCGCAGAUCUGGAACAACGAGGACUCGAAACGCCGCCGCAAAAUGGUCUUAUUUCUAAUCCCGGACUCAGCAGUGGUUAUGGGGAACUCGUUUGGCGGAUUUCGAAUUUCUCACGGAGAUUGCAACGUGUUCAGUCGGGUCGUAUCGACGACCCGAUGACUAGUGAACCAUUCUACACGUCAGCGUUUGGUUACAAGAUCGUUGUCUGGGCUUACAUUAAUGGUAGAGGCAAAGAAGAGGGAAAGUGUUUGUCUCUUUACGCAUGCGUCAUGUCUGGGGAGUACGAUGCAAUACUCCGCUGGCCGAUCAGACCGCGAUACACUUUUUCUUUACUGGACCAAAAUCCGGACUCUGAGUCCAGGAAAGACCUGACACGUGUACGUAAAGUUCAUGACUUCAAGCGCGAUGAAGUGAGAAGGAAAGGAAUUGAGAGGCCUGGCCGUGAUGAGAGGGCUAUCAUAGUGGGAUUUGAUGACUUUGUCAAACAGGAAGAACUCGAAGAUGGAAAUUUUUUAAUGGAUGACACACUUUUUAUACGUGUUCUAGUGGACAUGCCGGAAUCUUACAGCUGAACUUUUCA